UCAGUGAAGCUCAUGAUCAGUUAGUUGGAUAUGGAUAUGGUCUGGGGAUAAUCUUGUAUUACAAAAAAAAUUGUAAAACACCUAUAAAAUCCCAGCUUUCCCCCUAAACAAAUCAGCUUUCACUACAACAAAAAUCAUAUGUUUCUGCUUGUGAAACAACAUUAGCCGCUAUUAAAAAGAAACGUUAAAAGUACCUUACAUGGGUACGGACUCAAAUUUGCAAAAGCCGAAAGGCAAUUUAAAGCUGUCGGACCCAACUAACUAUUGCAAUGGUCAACCGCAAAUGUUUGUCCUAACAAUGUAAGCUUCUCAAGCAUCAUCAUUGCACAAAUAUCAAAUGCUCUUGGGAGGCGUGAAUGGUGCAAAUAUAAACGAAGUGAUUUAACAUGCCCCAGCAAGUGCAUAUGGCGACUAGGCUUCGCAGCAGCCUAAACAGAUUUUCAAAUUGUGCAAGAAGAUGUCUAUCAACAAAAAACGAAUUUUAUCGCUUGAAUGAACAGACUUCAACAAAAGACUUGAAUUAUUACGCUGCUCUUGUGCAAAAAUGCAGAGAGACAAAAUCUAUAACGGACCUCAGAAGUAUUUACCUUCUUAUAGACAAAUCUGAGUUUCCUCGAUUUAGUUUGGGAAAUAAAAUCAUCGAUGCUUAUAUAAAAUGUGGCGCAGUGGAUGAUGCUCGAAAACUAUUCGACGAAAUGCCAAAUAAGCAUAUUGUUACUUGGAAUUCCAUGAUUUCAACUUAUAUUCGCCAGAAAAAGAGUAUGGAAGCUAUUAAACUAUUCGAAGAAAUGGUUUUACAUGGUAUGGUUGCGGAUGAAUUUACGUAUUCGAGUAUUUUUAAAGCAUUUUCAAAUGUGGGUUUAUUGAACCAAGGGAGAAAAGCUCAUGGAAGAUUAGUGGUUUCGGGUCUGAAGAUGUCUAAUGUCUUUGUUGCUAGUGCUUUAGUGGAUAUGUAUUCCAAAUUCGGUAAAAUGAAGGAUGCCCGAACCGUGUCUGACCAAAUUUUGGAUAAAGAUGUGGUUCUGAUGUCGGCUUUGAUUGUGGGUUAUACUCAAAAUGGUGAAGAUGUUGAAGCAUUAGAGGUUUUUAGGCAUAUGAUCAAUGACGGUAUCAGAGCAAAUGACUUUACCUUUUCAAGUACUUUGACGGCGUGUGGAAACCUAGGUGAUAUGAGUAAAGGAAAACAGAUCCAUGUACUUGUCAUUAAAUCUGGAUUGGAUUUCGCGGUUGCUUCAAGAACUGCACUUCUUACUUUGUAUUCGAAAGGUGGGUUGCUUGAUGAUUCAUUCAAAGUUUUUGAAGGGUUUGUUAAUGCCAACGUUGUGACUUGGACAGCUCUAAUCACGGGUCUUGUACAGAAUGGUAAAGAAGAAUCUGCAUUAUCAUUUUUCUGCCAGAUGAUCCGUAAUUCAGUUUCUCCGAAUGCUUUCACCUUAUCUACUGUUCUUCGGGCUUGUUCAAUGCUUGCAAUGGUUAAAGAAGGACCACAUAUUCAUGGUUUAGUCCUGAGAAUGGGGUUGGAUAGAAAUAGUUUUGUUGCAGCUACGCUUAUCGACAUGUAUGGAAAAUGUGGGAUUACUGAUGAUGCAAGAUCCAUUUUUGACGAUUUGGGUGAUCUCAAUGUGGUAGCUGUGAAUUCAAUGAUUUCCUCCUAUGCUCAAAAUGGGUAUGGAGCAGAAGCAGUUAAACUGUUUGAUCAGAUGCAAGAACUGAGGGUUAAGCCAGACAAUGGAACCUUGGUGAGUGUUCUUUCUGCUUGUAGUAAUGCAGGAUUGCUCGAGGAAGGCCGUCGAAUCUUCUCCUCCAUUGAAGACAACCCUGAAAUUGAAUUGUCAAGAGAUCAUUAUGGUUGCAUGGUUGAUUUGUUAGGGCGUGCAGGAGAACUCAAAGAGGCAGAGUCACUAAUAAACCAAGUGAAAAAUCCAGAUGUUGUUCUAUGGAGAACACUCCUUAGUUCAUGUAGGAUACAUGGAAAAGUCGAGAUGGCUGAGAGAGUAAUGAAUCACAUAAUCGAGCUCGAACCAGGCGAUGAAGGAGCUCAUACACUGAUGACAAAUACCUAUGCUUCUAAAGAGAAUUGGAAUGAGGUAACCAAUAUGAAAGUAAUGAUGAGGAAAUUGAAAUUGAAGAAGAAUAUUCCUGCGAUGAGUUGGAUUGAGAUUUGAGGUAGAAUGCGAAGUACAUGUUAGU